AGAAACUUUACCCUAAAGUUAGUGCGGAGCUUUCACUGUGAGUGAGGCGGGGUUACAGCCUGGACUGAGCCACAGCGGCUUUGCAAUGCGGCACCGCAGCGAACCUCCAUCCAACUUUAUUAUCAACAACUCCAAUUUCCAUCUCUAGACACAACCAUGUACUCCCCUUACUGCUUGACACAGGAUGAAUUCCACCCCUUCAUCGAGGCCCUGCUGCCCCAUGUCCGCGCCUUCGCCUACACCUGGUUCAACCUGCAGGCUCGCAAGCGCAAAUACUUCAAGAAGCACGAGAAGCGCAUGUCCAAGGAGGAAGAGCGCGCAGUGAAGGAUGAGCUGCUGGGGGAGAAGCCAGAGAUCAAGCAGAAGUGGGCCUCACGCCUGCUGGCCAAGCUCCGCAAGGACAUCCGGCCUGAGUUCCGUGAGGACUUUGUGCUCACCAUCACGGGGAAAAAGCCCCCCUGCUGCGUGCUGUCCAACCCUGACCAGAAGGGCAAGAUCCGUCGCAUCGACUGCCUGCGCCAGGCCGACAAGGUGUGGCGGCUGGACCUGGUGAUGGUCAUCCUGUUCAAGGGCAGCCCCCUGGAGAGCACGGACGGCGAACGGCUGGUCAAGUCACCACAGUGCACCAACCCUGGCCUGUGUGUCCAGCCACACCACAUCGGAGUGUCCGUCAAGGAGCUGGACCUCUACCUGGCCUACUUCGUCCACACGCCAGGUAUGUGGACACUAGACACUAAAAAGAGGGAUGCCAACACAUAA